UGGAGAUCAUCUAGAGUUUCCUUCGAAAAAUGUCGAUUCGGAGCAAGGUUCUUUCAUCUUUCAAGAAAUUACACAAGACACGGUUAGAGGUGUUUAGGGAAGAUGAUAGAGCAUUAGCAGUUGCAAGAGAUAAAAUUAACUCAGAAUUCAAGAAGAACAAAGAUGAAAAAGACACAGAAAAAAUAAGUGAGUUAAUACAAAUUGCAGAAGAUUCUGAAGACAUCCUGAGGAGAAAUGUUGUUCAAGGAAUUGUUCGAGAAGAUGACAAAGCUUUAAGACUUCGGAUAAGAAAAGAUGUUCUAAGAAGUGAACCCAUGUAUAGUCCAAAAGUCAAAUAUGAAGUACCACAAAAUAAGAAACCAAAUUCAUCUGACAAUCCUUCAUGACAAAAAAGCAGGCUUUUAAUUGUAUUUAUAUCAUUUCUUUGUUUACAUUAAAUUUAUAUCAUGUGUA